CCAUGUGUACAUUCGUAGCUGUUGCUGUUGCUUAGAAAAGCGUUAAGCGGAAAGAUGUCAGAAACUAAAGAUCUUUGCGACAGUUUCAGCAAAAUAUACGAGAAAGCACUAUUGCUUGGACUCGGCGACAAAGAUCUGAGCGCUUUAGACUCAGUAAAGCGCUUACGUCGCGCGUGUAAUCACAAAGCAGCACCUAAAGUGCCCAAAAAGAUCGUCAUUUGUGGUGUUUUCGUAACGAUAUUGGCUAUUCUUCUUGGGAUCAUUCACCUAGAGUUCUACUCACGGCGUGGACUGGCAAAGUUCUGGCUGACGGUAUACCACAAUUAUAAUUUAGAAAGGGAGCGAUGUAUUUUCGUAAUGCCGGACAAGAUGGUAGAUGUCUUCCGGCCCCCGGUUGACUGUGGCAUGUGUAGAAACGUCACAAGUGUCGACAGAGUCAGCAACCUCAGCCCCUCUGUAUUCGAGGAGAUGUAUGCCUACAGUGGCCGCCCACUCCUGGUUGCCGAUGGAACUCAAAACUGGACGGCGAUGGGCUUGUUUACAUUUGACUUUUUCAAAAACGUUUACGCGGAAGAUAGUCCCGUGUUAGAAAACUUUGAGAAAAACUGCCAGUUUUUUCCAUACAAGACUGAAUUUAAGAAUCUGCGUCAAGUUUUUCAGAUGAGCAAGGAGAGGUCACAGAUGACGGAUGGAUCGAAACCGUGGUACAUUGGAUGGAGCAACUGUGACUCAUCCGCCGCUAACGUACUGCGCCAGCACUACCAGCGGCCGUACUUUCUCCCAGUCGACUCCGAGUCAAGCAAGACCGACUGGAUCUUCAUGGGUGUUCCAGGAUACGGUGCUCACAUGCAUGUGGAUGCUGUUGGAAACCCAUCUUGGCAGGCACAAAUCAGUGGAAGUAAGACCUGGACCCUGCAACCUCCACCUGAGUGUUACACAGAGUGUCGAGAAAUGGAAGUGACCGUACAUCCUGGAGAGAUUAUUGUUCUGGAUACAAACAGAUGGUUCCAUAAGACCCUUGUAAUUGGUGAUCAAAUGAGCAUCGUGAUAGGUUCAGAGUACAACUAAUGGACAGCUGUCAAGAUAGACACAGUUGACAUGGCUAAUAGCAUUACCAAGUAAGAGUGUUAGUAAUUUACCACGUAAGGUACGUUAUAGAAGACAAGUUAUAGGAGGCGUACUGCGUAUGUGUAGUAGUUGAUCUGUGUGUAAUAGUCGAUGUAUACAUUCUUCCUUUGGAAUUAUCGUUAGUGAUGGAUUUGUUACGCGAAUGGGAUUUCUUCUGAUAUAUAAUGUAUGUAAUUAUCAUCAGAUUAUAUGAUAUAUAUAUAAUAUUUAUGUCGUUUAUAUGUCAUCCUUAUAAUAAUGGGUGCAGAUAUACCCUAAACCUUACUGUAUUGAUCUGAUCAGCUAUUACUGGUGAACUACAAGUAACAUAGAAUUCGAUACAAUGCAACGUCACCAUAUUGGCGUGAAAAUUGGCUUACAUUUGUGCCCGGUUUUCUCGUGGGGGGCACUCCCAUUGUUAAAGGUACUGGGGACGUGCCGCUGGACAGGGUAUAUUUUCCGAACAUCAU